AUGAUUCCUCCCAAGAACCCAGAGCCGCACAAAGGGGCUUUUCUAAGAGGAAAUCACCGCACAAAGCCAAAGACGAGCCAGGGAAGAAAGCUGCCUCACCGACAAGGGAGAACAAACCGGCGUGAAAUGGAAUGUAACAGGAAAAGCAACGACUCGGAAGGCAUCGAUCAAGGCAAGAACUGUAAAAUGUCUCCAGUGACUCUCAACGUUGGUGGCUAUCUGUAUGUCACACAAAAGCAAACACUCACCAAGUAUCCAGACUCUCUGCUGGAAAGAGUGGUCAGUGGGAAAAUCCUGUGCCCAUAUGAUGCAGAUGGCCAUUAUUUCAUAGACAGGGAUGGGCUGCUAUUCAGGCAUGUUCUGAACUUCCUCCGGAACGGAGAACUGCUCCUGCCAGAGGGAUUUCAAGAAAACCAACUUCUGGCACAGGAGGCAGAAUUCUUUCAGCUUAAAACAUUAGCUGAUGCAGUCAAGUCCCGGUGGGAGAAGGCGCAGCAGGCGUCCAGAGAGACCACCUUCCUGGAAAUCACAGACAGCCACGACCGUGCGCAGGGCCUUCGGAUUUUUUGCAACGCUCCCGAUUUCAUUACAAAAAUAAAAUCUCGCAUCGUUUUGGUGUCCAAAAGCAGGCUGGACGGCUUUCCAGAAGAGUUCUCAAUCUCUUCCAACAUUAUACAAUUUAAAUACUUUAUAAAGUCAGAAAAUGGAACACGGCUUGUUUUGAAGGAAGACAACACUUUCGUUUGCACCCUGGAAACGCUUAAGUUUGAAGCAAUCAUGAUGGCAUUGAAAUGUGGAUUCAGACUGCUGACCAGCCUGGAUUGUUCCAAGGGGUCAAUUGUUCACAGCGACGCUAUUCAUUUUGUCAAGUAA